AUGCCUCCAAGGGCGAAGCUGCGACUAGCCUCGCUUCCCGCUUCAGCAAAGAUCCUAAUGGUCGAGGUCUGGGAAUUGGAUCUGAAUAGCUAUGCUAGUGUUAAGCGGUCCAACAUUCAGAUCGACUUUGCUCUUCUCAACGCCGGUGUUGCCAAUUUCAACUUUACCGUUAAGCGCUCUCCUUUGUUGCCCAUGCUCAGUCAGCAGACUGCCGACAAUCCCAACCACAGCCGUCCAGUGAUUUCUAUUGUCGGCAGUGAAACUGCCGCCUGGGCCAAAUUCAAGGAAGCCCAAGAAGGAAUCCCGCUUAUAACUGUGUUGGAUGACCGGACUCACUUCGACAUGGGUGAUCGAUACUAUAUCUCUAAGCUGCUAUACCGGCUCUUCUUCCUCGAGCCAUUCCACACCCACCGAUCCAGUGCCCAACGCUCUCAAGGCACCAUUCUAAACUUGGUCAACCCCGAGGUUUGGGAUUCUCUCAAUUCUUGGCCAAUGCGCGUCUUGCCUGAGUACCUGAUUCUAUUGAAACAGGAUCGUCCGAGUGCCUUGUUACUUUCGGGCUACUAUACCAUCCUUCUACGGCCACUUCAGGGAAAAUGGUUGCUGAGAGGGCCGGGUUACGAAACUGGUCGAUGUGAUUGCGCGACAGAGGGGAGAGGCUCACCACAGCUCUGGGACUUAAUUUUCGGGAUUCCGCAGAUCUUCGUAGUUUAA